AUGUCGAAAGAGGCUGAAGCACCAGCUCCUGAAUUAAAGUAUGGCCAGCUUCCAAGCGAGGAGAUCCAGCAGAAGGUUGUUAGGGAAGUUCUUGAAAAAGUUAAUGGCCUUGCUUAUUUAAUGCGCAGAAACUUUGAUAACAAUAAGAUUGACGACGCUCUUAAGUAUGCCACACUUAUGCUUGAAGAAAUGAAGAUCAACACACUUUCUCCAAUCCAUUAUAACGAACUUUAUCAAGUCGUUCUUUCCGAAUUAACAAUUCUUAAGGAUUACUUCAACGACAGCAAUUUCUUCACUGACCGCCGUAUUGCAGAACUCUAUGAAAUUCUUCAGUACACACCAUCAAUCGUUGCUCGUCUUUAUCUUCUCUUCACAAUUGCUCCAGCUUUCGUUAAGCGUGGACAUGCCAAGGCAAACGACAUAAUGCGCGAUCUCAUCGAGAUGGCUCGUGGCGUACAGCAUCCAACCCGUGCUCUCUUCCUUCGUCACUUUAUGCUCCAUAUUUUGAAGGAAAUCCUUCCAGAUGGCCAGAGAGAAGGUGGCACCAUCGAAGAUACACUCCACUUCAUCCUUGAGAACUUCAAGCAGAUGAACGUUCUCUGGGUUCGUCUCGAAUUCUCUCUCGAUACAAAGACAAUCGAAGAGCGUAAGUUACAGCGUUCCCAGCUCAAGCAACUUGUUGGCCACAACAUCCAGCGUAUUUCUGACCUCCGUGGCCUUGAUGUUGCUCAUUACAAGGAAAUCGUCCUUCCAUGCAUCGUAGAGCAGACAAAGGCAUGCGGCGAGCCACUUGCCCAGUACUACAUCAUCGAAUCCAUCACACAAGUCUUCCCCGUUGAAUUUCAUAUCGAAACUCUCGAUAUCCUCUUCAACUUACUCCAGCACCUUGACGAUGAUGUCAAUACACUCGCACUUGUUACAAACAUCAUUCAGCGUCUACAAACUUUCUGCAGAUCCGAUUCAAACGCCAUCAAUACAGUUCGUCUUGUUGCCGUACAGAUUUACUCACUUCUCCAUGCCGACCAGAAGUUUGCCCUCGAAGAUACACUCGACAUGCUCGGAACUCUUCUUAAUUUCACACUCGAAGCCGAUGCAUCCAACUUCGACAACGUCAAUGCCAUUUUCAAGCUUGUCGAAGGCCAUAUCGAAGACAUUGCUGGCGAAUCCCGUCUUGAUUCCGUCUCUGUUUCCCGCAAACUCUGUUUCUUCCUUGUUACACCACUUCGCGAGAUGAAAGAUGCCUCAAUGAUCUUUGAUCUUGAGUAUUUCCCAAUUCUCGUGAACCGUCUUCGCUUCCUCGACAGAAAGGCCAUUGCCCUUGAAGUCUGCAAAGGCUUUGCCAGGACAGAAGCCUACAUCACCGAUGUUGACAACAUGAAAGCCUUCUUCAACAUCGAACAAGUUCUUUUGAAGAGAGCUGAUGAUUACGAGAAAGAUCCAGAUGGAGAACCAUUAUCUGUCGCAUUAUCCAAUGUUGGCAGAGUUUUCCAUUUGAUCAGGGAUCGCAAGGAUCUUGAUAACACAUUCUCUCUUUUGACUUCUAUUUCUGCUGCAUUGCAGACAUUCGAUCCAGAAGUCAAAGAAGCUCUUUAUCUUCCAUUUGGCGAAGAUUUGUUGAGAGUUGCUGUCGAAAUCAACCAGACACAAGGAUGCCAAACAACAGUAAGAGGUGUUCUCCAACAAGUCUACAUCUUGUUGACACAGAACGAUCCUCCAGCUAUUCCUUCUUUCUGGUUGUUUGUUGAGGCAGCAUUGAUCUCAGACAGAUACGGAACAGAAGGAAUUACAACAGAGUUCUUCACAAACGCAUUGAGAAUUUGGAAGGAAGGAAUGAUCGAUUCAAACAUCAGAUUCAGGAUGUUGUUGAGUAUGAUCAGAACAGCAACACAACUCCUCAAUGUCACACCAAACACAUACUCUUCAAUCACUUCAGAGUUGUGCUCAUGCGCAGGAGGACUUCUCGCUAAGGAACAACAGGCAGAAGCUCAUCUUUUGUGCGCUCACAUGUUCAAUGUUGACAGAAAAGGUGCUGGAAAUGAAGAUGAUAAUGAAGAGGAAGAAGAUGAUGGAUCAGCAUUCAUGAACCCAAUGAAGGUCAAGAACUGCCUUGUUAGGGCACUCAAGGCCGCUUCACAGAUGAUGGAUAAGAAAGAUAUGUUGCCAUGGUUCUACAAAGUUCUCGCUGAGGCAAUUUACUUCAUCGAGAAAGGUGUUGAUAUCCCAAUCGAUUGGUUCAACGCUUUGACAAACCAAAUCGACCAGGAACACCAGAACCUUGGUUCUGACUUGGAGAACAAGUUGACUGAACAGGCAAAGAAGUUCUAUAUCAACACAGUAGCUCACAAGAACAAAGUUAUCCAGACAAAGUAA